AUGUGGGCACAAAUACAGGAGAUUAAAAAGGAAGAUCUGUCUGAUGGCAGGAAAUGGCCAACUCCGAAUAAACCUCCAUCGCCAUCGCCUCCCUCAAAAUCAUUUUCCACAUUUGUGCAGGCGACUCCUCCAGCUCCAGGAUCCGCAUUACCUGGCUUAGUUGAUACAAACCCUGCAUCAGUUAUUUACGACAGGAAGCCGACUCCUGGAGUGUCGACAAUAUUGGGCGCUGGCAAAGAUUCUCCUCCGGCAAAGUCUGCAGCAGAUGGUAAAGCUCCUGCAUCAGGUGGUGCAGCGGCCAAGCCGCCAGGUCCACCGCCUCCGCCCAAGGGUCCUCCGCCGGGCACACCGCCACCUCAAACGAAGACGACCUUUGGGCCGCUGGCAGACGCGGAUCGUAUCUUCACAAAUCUGUACGGGCUUCACGACUGGCGUCUGAAGGCAGCCAUGAAGCGGGGCGACUGGUACAAAACCAAAGAGAUAAUCGAAAAAGGUUCGCCCUGGAUUAUUAACGAGAUUAAGACGUCUGGCUUGCGUGGCCGUGGCGGAGCUGGCUUUCCCACUGGCCUCAAGUACUCCUUUAUGAACAAACCGCCCGACGGUCGACCCAAGUUUCUGGUCGUCAACGGCGACGAGGGCGAGCCGGGCACUUGCAAGGAUCGAGAGAUCUUCCGCCACGAUCCGCACAAGCUAGUGGAGGGAUGUCUGAUCGUCAGUCACGCCAUGGGCGCCAAUGCCGGCUACAUCUACGUGCGCGGUGAGUUCUUUAACGAGACCUGCAAUCUACAGUACGCCAUAGCAGAGGCCUACAAGGCAGGAUUCCUGGGUAAGAAUGCCUGUGGAUCGGGCUUCGACUAUGAUCUGUACGUGCAGCGCGGCGCUGGGGCCUAUGUGUGCGGCGAGGAGACAUCGCUCAUCGAGUCCUUGGAGGGCAAGGCCGGAAAGCCACGCAGCAAGCCGCCCUUUCCAGCUGACGUCGGUGUCUUUGGCUGCCCCUCGACCGUUACCAAUGUGGAGACUGUGGCCGUGGUGCCUUCGAUUUGCAGGCGCGGGGGUAAGUGGUUCGCCAGCUUUGGGCGCACUCGCAACUCGGGCACAAAACUGUUCAAUAUCUCGGGACAUGUGGAGCGACCCUGCACAGUGGAGGAGGAAAUGUCGAUGCCCACACGUGAGCUCAUUGAACGACACGCCGGAGGCGUGUGUGGCGGCUGGGAUAAUUUGCUGGCCAUCAUACCGGGCGGCUCAUCAACACCCUGUAUUCCCAAGGAGGACGCAUCGAAGUCAAUACACGACUAUGACGGCCUGAUGGCCGUGCGAUCUUCCCUGGGCACCGGCGCCAUCAUUGUGAUGGACAAGUCGACGGACAUCAUCAAGGCAAUCGCACGUCUGGCCGCCUUCUACAAGCACGAGAGCUGCGGCCAAUGCACGCCCUGCCGUGAGGGCCUGCACUGGGUGCACCUGAUCAUGCAGCGCUUUGUCACCGGGCAGGCCAAGCCCAGCGAGAUCGACAUGCUCUGGGAGAUAACCAAACAAAUCGAGGGCCAUACCAUAUGCGCUCUGGGCGACGGCGCUGCCUGGCCGCCGCAGGGGCUGAUUCGUCACUUUCGACCAGUCAUCGAGGAGCGCAUGCGUAAGCGUGCCGAGAGUGAUGCUGCUGCCGCCGCCGCCGCCGCCGCUGCCGCCCCCACCUAUAAAAAGCCACCCGCCGUGGGCGCAUCGUGCUCCAAAUCCUCAUAAGUGUUAAUGACGUUUUAUUUGCAAUAAAAAAAAACAACAACCUCUCCUUCGUCGGUUA